AUAUCUGAAUAAGAAUAACCAACUACUUUUAAUUCUAAUAAAGUUAAUUGUAUAAUAAUCUUAGUUGGCUACUUUAAAGAGUCGAAAGAUCUUAAAAUUAGCCCAAGAGUAGUUAUUUUUUCUAAAAUAAGGACACCAUCGAGAUGUACCUACAACAACAUCAACGACGACAAAACAACUUACCAUCAUCAUCAUAUUCAAUUCCGAAUAGUAUACAACUUGGUCAACAAUAUCAAUAUGGUUAUCAACAGCAACCUAUGGUUUAUCAACCAUAUGGUUUUGAUUCAUAUAAUAUGCCAUUAAAUUGGCAAGUUUAA